AUGUCUGAGACACCCGCUGCCGAGCCAGCGCCGGCACCUGCUGCGGCAGUAGCACCAUCCCAAGAGAGCGCACCCGCAACAACAAAUGGCGAUGCCGCUCCUGCCACAGACGCGCCUAAAAAGCUCUCGCCAGCAGAGUUAAAAAAGCAAAAGCAGGCCGAGAAGCAAGCAAAACGAGCUCAAGCCAAAGCUGCGGGUGGCCCGCCAAAUCAACAGCAAGGACCCUCCAAAGACGGUCAAAAACAGCAGAAAGACUCAAAGCAAACAUCAAAAGACGCCCUGUCAAGACCAGUGCCAGUACGGCGACGACCAUCGCAAGCUAACACCCCAGUUCUGAAAGAACCGGAGAAGAAAGCGAAGAAAGAUAAAGAACCGAAACAGACUGGUCUGUUCUUCGGCCAUCUUUAUAGCCAACCAAAGCAGCAAUCCCUCGUUGGCGCGUCAAAAGAUGUACAUCCCGCAGUCCUCGCGCUUGGCCUACAGUAUAGCAGCUAUGCCAUCUGUGGUAGUACGGCACGUAUGGUGGCCAUGUUGUUGGUAUUCAAGACAGUCAUCGAGGCCUACCAAACACCUCCAGGAAACAGUUUGGCCCGACAUCUGACUAGCCAUCACCUUGGUCCUCAGAUCGAGUUCUUGAAGAGCUGUCGACCACUUAGCAUCAGUAUGGGGAAUGCUAUCCGAUGGCUAAAGGACAUCAAGGCUCGGAAUGCUCAAGACGAGCUCAUUAUCAAGAUAGAUCCUUCGACCCCAGAGAAUGAGGCCAAGCGAGACCUGAUCGAGGAGAUUGACAUAUUUAUUCGUGAGCGCGUCACAGCCGCUGACAGACUCAUCCGCGACCUAGCAGCCACGAAGAUCCAAGCCGGCGAUGUCAUUUUGGUCUAUGCCGCAUCGUCGAUAGUCGAACAAACCAUCAUUCAUGCUCACCAGUCUGGUAAACCCUUCACAGUCAUUGUGGUCGACUCGAAGCCACUAUUUGAAGGCAAGAAGCUGGCACGGAAGCUCGCAAACCAUGGCAUCACCGUACGAUACUAUCUCAUCACAGGAGCCUCGCACGCGGUUAAAGACGCGACAAAAGUCUUCUUGGGUGCUCACGCGAUGAUGUCAAACGGCCGCCUCUACUCGCGCGUUGGCACAGCCCUAGUAUCUAUGCUUGCCUAUUCGCACUCAUUGCCUGUCAUUGUACUGUGUCAGUCCGUCAAGUUCACCGAGAAGGUAGCACUAGACUCCAUUGUCGGUAACGAAGUCGCUCCCGCCGAGGAAAUACUCUCCGAGGCCGAGCGCCGCGAGCUUCUUCCCCUCAAGUCUCGUCUUCCACCAUCAAAGAACGAUGAGAAGUCAGCAUCGGAAGAGGCGCCUGCCGACACCACGGACGUUCUGAAAUGGAUCGACGACGCGAAGAACUUACAUCACCUCCAAGUUCUCUACGAUGUCACGCCUGCGCAGUACAUCAACAUGGUCAUCACCGAAUACGGAAGCUUGCCGCCAAGCUCGGUCCCCGUGGUUCACCGAUUGAGUACGAACAUAUGA